AUGAGCGCGCAGCCUCUGGCGCUGAUUCACUCCGACUUUACAAUGCUGUGGGAACUGCCCGUGCGUUCUGGCUCUGGGCACCCGCCUAAUCCCAAGACAGUCAGUCCAGAUUUACCAAGGGCACUGGUCACGAGUCUGAAGAGCCAACGCCGCAGACGUGGAGUAUUGAGGAGGUUGAGGCAAGAGGUCCUGGUCGAUGGGGCUCCCGAACCAGAUGCUGGGGCUUUUCGACGAGAGCUCCAGAAUCUGGGUGCCCUGGAAACACGGGCCCUCCGAAACUCCGUGUUGGAAAUGGAGGAAUUGGAAGAAGAAGCUUUGGAUGCGGACGACGUGGUGGAGGUGACUUCCGAGCCAACGACACCUCCGCCAUCGCCCAUAAUGGUUCCUGGAGAGGGCAUGGACUGA